AUAUUAAAAGCAUGAAAAGAAAAACUCUAAGCUAAAAAAUGUGUGAUGAUACUUCGUGGAGUAAUUGUCAUGUUGACAUUUGGUUCGUCAUCUCUCGAUAUUUAUCACCUGAAGACACACUUAACUUUGCGUUAAUUUGUAAGAAAACAUUUUUUGUGACAAACUCAGAAACAUAUUGGAAUGGAUUAUUUGAUCGUUUCAUUCGGUCCAAGUAUAAAUGGCUAGAUAAACCUACAACAAGUAAUGGAUCCUGUAUACGAGAUGAAACAAUACGAGAAUUAUUUAAGAUGUACCCAAAGUUUAUGAAUCGAAAACGAGAUCCAGAUUCCUAUGACAAAGCAGUUGGAAAGAUUUGCAUCAGUAUCAAACAUUCCUUAAAUGAAAAGUUCAUGGAUCAAUCUUAUGUUUUUAAAGUAAAAUCGAAAUCGAAAGCAAUAAGUAAACUUGCGCAGCUUAAUAGAGAUGAAGGGUGUCAAUUACUUGUUAUUAGAUCAAAACAGUUUGUACCAUUUCCAUAUGAAUCUGAUAAUUUGACAGUGAAGUAUGUCUCGAAAAAUCUUUCUCGUGGUUUUCGGGCAUACAAAUUGAAAAUUCAAUUCUGCGAUCAUUUUGGAAAUUCAGCGGGUGAAACUCUCGUUUUUGAUCCAAUAAUUAGUGUGCAGCUUUAUGAUUGGUGGGAACCUGAAUACAAAGCUUACAUAACAAGCGGAUCUUAUUAA